AUGUCGAUACUUGGACUGAAGAAGAAACAACCCAAGACUUUCAAAGUUAAAGUCGUCACUAUGGAUGCAGAGAUGGAGUUCAGCUGUGAGGUAAAAUGGAAAGGUAAAGAUUUGUUUGACCUGGUGUGUCGCACCGUCGGUUUGAGGGAGACCUGGUUCUUUGGACUCAGAUACACGGUGAAGGACACCUACGCCUGGCUUAAACAGGAGAAACGGGUUCUGGAUCAGGAGGUUCCCAAGGAUUCCCCCAUAACGUUUCACUUUCUAGCGAAAUUCUUCCCUGAGAAAGUUGAGGAAGAACUGGUCCAAGAAAUCACCCAGCACCUAUUUUUCUUACAGGUGAAAAAACAGAUACUAGAUGAAGAGAUAUUCUGUUCCCCUGAAGCUUCAGUGCUUUUGGCCUCUUAUGCUGUCCAGGCAAAGUACGGGGACUAUGAUCCAAACUUUCACAAGCCGGGUUUCCUUGCACAAGAUGAACUGUUGCCAAAAAGGGUUCUGAUGCAGUACCAAAUGACUGCGGACAUGUGGGAGGAGAAGAUCACAGCCUGGUACGCCGAACACAGAGGCAUCGCCAGAGACGAAGCAGAGAUGGAAUACCUGAAGAUUGCCCAAGACCUCGAAAUGUACGGUGUUAGCUACUAUGCCAUUACUCAAAAUAAGAGAGACACAGACCUUUUACUGGGUGUGGACGCUCAGGGUCUCCAUAUCUACAACCCCAACAACAAACUGAACCCAAACAAGUCUUUCCCCUGGAGCGGGAUCCGGAAUAUCUCCUACAGCGAGAAGGAGUUCACAAUUAAACCUCUAGAUAAGAAGAAAGAUGUCUUCAAGUUCUACUCAUCUCAGCUGCGUGUCAACAAGCUGAUCCUGCAGCUGUGCAUCGGAAACCACGAUCUGUUCAUGAGGAGGAGGAAGGUGGACUCCAUCGAAGUGCAGCAGAUGAAGGCUCAGGCCAAAGAGGAGAAGGCCCGCAAGAAGAUGGAGCGUCAGAUCCUGGCUCGGGAAAAGCAGAUGAGAGAGGAUGCAGAGCGGGCGAAAGAGGAGAUGGAGCGAAGACUUUUCCAGCUGCAGGAUGAGGCGCGGCUCGCUAACGAGGCGCUGCUGCGGUCUGAGGAGACGGCAGACCUGCUGGCAGAAAAGGCCCAGAUUGCUGAGGAGGAGGCUAAGCUUCUGGCUCACAAAGCUGCAGAGGCUGAGCAGGAGCGACAGAGGUUAGAGGUCACAGCCAUGAAGACCAAGGAGGAGAAACGCCUGAUGGAGCAGAAGAUGAGGGAGGCGGAGCAGCUGGCUGUAAAGCUGGUGGAGCAGUCUGAGAGGAGGCUGAAAGAAGCAGAUCACCUAAAGCAGGACCUGACAGAAGCAAAGGAUGCUGAGCGAAGAGCCAAGCAGAAGCUCCUGGAGAUCACCAAAACAACAUACCCUCUCAUAGCUGCGUACUCUGCUCCGCCUGCUCCUCCCGAAGCAGCCGACUUCAGCUAUGAUUCAUCGUCGUCACGCCUCGACUUCAAGGACUCAGACAUGAAGAGGCUGUCCAUGGAGAUCGAGAGAGAGCGGCUGGAGUACAUGGAGAAGAGCAAACACCUGCAGGACCAGCUGAAGGAGCUGAAGUCGGAGAUUGAGUCUCUGAAGCUGGAGGAGCAGCAGCAGCAGCAGCAGCAGGCCAGCAUGUACAGCCUCCCCGGAGAGGCCAGAGGUUACGUCCCCGAACCUGCAUACUUACCUCACAGCAACCGAAACUCAGCCUACAUGUCUCAGAUGGCCUUCUUUGAAGAAGUGUGAUCGCUGCGCUUCCAGAUGAGAAAAAAGGGCAUCUGCAGCUGUGAAUUUGCCUUUCUUCUGUUAUAUCGUACCUGACUGAGAGCAGCAGCAGACAGACACCUGCCACCGCUCUGUUUGCCUUGGAAAGACUUUGAAUCUGUCCUUCAGCAAACAGACACUCCUUGCUGUGCUGCAGCAACUUCAAAUUUCUGUUACAUGCAACAAAAAAAACAAUAGUGACACAAAGGUCAUUAAUCCUGGAUGUGGGACGGAAGUUUUAAGUGUUUUGCAACAGCUUUAGAUGAUCAAAUGCAGAGGGAUAAGCCAUAAAAUUAUGACUAUCUUCCUGAGACUGAGUCAGUUGAUCAGUUUGUACUUUGGAAAUGUGGAAAACAGAAUAUGAGGGUCUUAUGGUACGUAACAGUGCGACCUUAAGAAAUCAGGGGAACACUACUAUGAGGGAGUAAUUUAAAAGUGUAGGUUUGUAAUGUCUACUGUUCCAGGUAGAAGCUAACAUACACUCAAAAAGUGAAACAUAAACUAGAUUUUAACUGUUUUCUGUUCUGACUAGAUAUUUAACUACACCUCUUAUCAGAGAUGGAAAAAUUCAUUUAAUUUUUCCUUUUAAGUGUAGCUUAUUAAAGCUGUAAGCGUUCUUGUAAAAACAUAAAAACUAGUAUUUUUGUCUAGUUUCUAGUGCAAAUAUCUUUAUCCACCUGAAAUAAGACAAA